AUGAAGGUGGCAGGGCUAGCUAAGCUUUGGGAUUCUGAUGCUCAUGUCAGAAGUCGUUGCCGAGAGCAUCGUCGCAUGAACUUGCAUCCCGAUACCCAGAAGUGGUGUGAACCAACCCGAGCAAAUUGCGUUACGAAUGCAAUGAUCUUACUUCCCUGUUUGGACCGUUUGGGGAAGACCAAGGGCUACAAGUUGCCACACCUCGAGCAGUUGCAGGUUGAGAUUGAAAGUCUCUUUGAAAAGAUGAGGAUGCCUAUUGACGAAAAGAUGAUCUACCGCAACUCUACCGAGAUAAAAAAAAUGUUGGGCUUUGUGAAGAGACGUGCCAACAGAAAGGAGGUGACGAAGGAUCGAAAGUUCCACGAGCUUCUAUUGGCAUUGAAUCCUGAGUUGAAGGAUGUGAUUGACGACUACAUGUCCAAAGCCCUUCCAGCUCCAUCCCCCGCGGAAGAUGAAGCUGAUUGUGAAGAUGAUGAAGAAGAUGAUGGGGAUGAGUCAUAUGCAGCUUUUACCAAAUGGUUGGAUGAGAGCUUGGCUGGUGAUGAUGGUGGUGAACAAUCCAAGGGUGAACCUGUUGCUACACCUGCAACACCGGCACCUACACCUGCUGCAGCGGUUGCUCCCAAAUGUUGUCAGCUUUGCCAGAAACCUUUCACUGAAUGUUCUUGCAAGGAGAAAAUGCUUGAACUGAAGGCCAAGAUUGCAGCGAAGAAGGCAGCAAUUGCAGAGAAAGAAGCCGAAGCACUUCUGAACCAACAACGUUCCAACGCACUUGGCAAAGGCACUGGAAGUUCUGAAGAUAUCUGCGAUACUUUGCCCUUGGACAUUGACAUGCCAGAUGCACAUGCCCGUGGGUCAGGGGUUGACAUUCCACCAUCUCAGCCUCGACCUGAACCGUUCAUGCUGGCUGAAGCUCCGCCCCCUUCGACUUCGCAUGGUGGGACCGAAGGCUUGAAUGACAAGCCGCCACAGGCAGUGCUCACACGAAGGGACCAGCUGGAGGCCAAGAAAAAAGCGAAGGAACCUGAUCAAGAUGAUGGUAAUGAAGAUGGGACGCAGGAGGCACAGAAAAAGCCAGCAGCGAGAUCCAAGGCAAAUGCAAAAGAGAAAGCUCAGCCAAAGGCGAAAGCCAAGGUUCAGCCAAAGCCACAGGCUUCACCAAAGAAGCGAUCCAGGGGUGCAAAAAGGCUGGAGCCAAAAGAGGAGGAGAAACCUGCUGUUGGCCCCAAGCCAAAGAAAGCGAAGAUGGAAGAGGCACCAAAAACGCCACCCACCGACUGCCAGCUCUUUCCCGAUGAAGAUCCUGAGGAAGAGGAGAAAGAGGUGGAUCCUCCAGUUGAAGAGGAGCCAGUGGUUUUGAAAAGGCCAGCAGCAAAGAAGGCGAGGAAAGCAUGCAAGGAGGAGGAGAAGGUGCCAGAGCCUGACGCACUUGAGCCAGAGGCGCCUGAGGCAGAAGUUCAAGAAAAGCCAAAGAAGAAAGCCCGAGCCAAAGCGAAGGCAAAGGCGAAGGCGAAGCAAUCCCCAAAGAAGAAGAGAGAAGCAAAGUCAAAGGCUGGGUCGAAAAGAAAGUCCACAAAGAUUAAUGCUGAAGAGCUUGGGGAGGAUGAGGAGGCUGAUGAACUGCUGGAUGACACCAUGAAGGGCAUCGUGCUGACAAUGAUCAAGGAAGUCAAGUCUUGCACCUUUGAUACGCUCAAGGAGGUCUUGCUUGAAAAGAAGGAGAAUUUGCAUCUUGUCAACAAGCAUGCCAGGCUCAACAUCUACUGGACUAAGUGUUCGGGUGCGGUGUCAAUGCCUGUGGCCAGCGAUCCGAAGGUGCGCUUUGAUGCUUGUGCCUUUGCUUUCAAGAGAGGUUCGUGGAACAGUCGGAUGGCAGCUGCAUUUGCUUGCUCGUUCAUGGCAGUUCAGUACAUCGACAGUGCGGAUCAGGACGUCCUGAAAGGCAUCGGCACUUGUGGUUCCAAGUUCGAAGUGGAGAUCACCAAGAUCACUUUGAAUGCCCAGCGUGCUAUCAGGGAGAGUGAGGGAAAGUGA